GGUUAGAACCAACACAAGGCCAACGCAGUCUUUUGCACACUUUCAUCUACAAUUUACAAACUUUAACCAAAGCUCUCUCUUGCUCUUCACAUGACUCGUGCUUUCAGGCUCCUCGGCGCCGCCAACUCCUCGGCCACUUCCGAGCCGCCUCCCGAACAAACGGCCGCCGUCGACUCCGACUUCGUCGUCAUCCUCGCUGCUCUCCUAUGCGCCCUUAUUUGCGUCCUCGGUCUCAUUGCCGUCGCCCGCUGUGCCUGGCUUCGCCGACUCUCCGGCGGAGGUCCUGCUUCCAAUCCCCCGGCUUCUUCCCGUCCGGCGCCUCCUGCGAACAAAGGCCUCAAGAAGAAGAUCCUCAAGUCCCUUCCUAAAGACACCUUCUCAGCUGAUUUCUCCGCCAAAUUCUCCGAUUGUGCGAUUUGCCUGACAGAGUUCGUCGCCGGGGACGAAAUCCGGGUUCUCCCGCAGUGCGGCCACGGUUUCCACGUCGCCUGCAUCGACACGUGGCUGGGUUCCCAUUCUUCCUGCCCUUCUUGCCGCCAGAUUCUCGUAGUCGCCAGGUGCCACAAGUGCGGGGGUUUUCCCGGACCUGGCGCUUCGACUUCCGGAACCGACUCCGAGGCUAGAUUGAAAGAGCGUGAGGAUGAUGUCCACAGGUUCCUACCCUAGCCAAAGCUAGUCAGUGUGUCUCAAGGAUUCCUCGAUUUUUUUCCCUUUCUUUUCCAAGUUUAAGUAUGUUUAGGUCAUAUUUUUCAUUAGCUAAUUUACCUCCGCCAACUAUUACUACUAUUACCCACUAAUAGCAUUUUGGCUUUGAUUUAUUUGAAUUGUAUAUCUAAUAG